AUGAAGGCUUCUCAAAAAGGUCAAGAUUCCACCAUUCCUAGUGUAGCCUCUAUGUCACAGGAAGACCAGGAGAGUAGGACACUGAAAGUCACUUUGCUAAGUAGUGAGUGGAGAUCAUCAACUGAUGGGGACUUGUCAACUAUCAACCGAGAGCUGGCCAUCCAGUUAGCUAAACACCCCGAUGUGGAUGUUAGUAUCUUGCUUCCAAAUUGCAGUGGAGAGGACAGGAGCAGUGCUGAAAGUCACAAUGUGAAGCUCAUUGAAGCAGAUAAAACUCCUGGUGUAGAGCCAGUUCUUUGCCUGUCAUCUCCUCCAAUAAACCAUACAAUGGACUGUGUCAUUGGUCAUGGAGUUCAACUUGGCCGACUAGUUCCAUUCAUCAAGAGAAAUCCAAAUUACAGUCAUUGCAAAUGGAUUCAAGUUGUUCACUCUGCUCCUGAAGAAGAUGGAAUGUACAAAAACAUUUCAGAAGGAGAGAAAAGACAAAAAACAGAAAUCCAACUCUGUAAAAUGGCUGAUCAAGUUAUCACAAUUGGACCCAAGCUGGCAGAAGCUUACAAGUGUUACCUUCGUCCAGUUAAACAAGAGAAAAAGGUUUUUGACCUUACUCCAAGCAUUUUCUCUGAAUUUUUGAAAGUAGAGCAAGCCACUGAAGAAAGAAGAACAUUCUCUAUUCUUGUUAUUGGAAGUGGUGACAGCUGUGAAGAUUUCAAUCUCAAAGGGUACGACAUAGCUGUCAAAGCAAUUGCUGAGUUGAAAGAUGAAUCCUUCAAACUCAAGUUUGUCUGUGCAGCUGAAGGAAAAGGUGAUAGUGUAGCAAAAAAGUUGCUCCAACGUGACAUUAGUCCUAAUCAGCUUAUUGUUCGCAGCUUUGAUGAUAGCAGAAAAGUGCUGGCUGACUUAUUCUGUGAAGUGGAUCUUGCAAUAAUGCCAUCCAGGACAGAAGGUUUUGGAACAACAACUCUGGAAGCAUUAUCUGCUGGUCUGCCUGUACUUGUCAGUGGUAAUUCAGGACUUGGAGAAGCUCUGAAGAAAGUGCCUUUAGGCUCACAGAGUGUGGUAGACUCUGAAGAUCCUAAAGACUGGGCUAGAGAAAUCAAGCGUAUUCGUCAGAAAGAGAGAGAAGUGCGACUUUCAGAGUCAAGAUUUCUACGUGAAAAGUACUUGAAGAAGUAUAGCUGGGAGGAGCCUUGUAAGAGUCUUGUGAUAAAGAUGAGGAACCUUGUCUUUGGUGGGAGUGAACAAGUCAUCCGUAGUCUUCAACAGUGGCAACAGAAUGCCAGUAGUUGUAAGAUCAGCAGCAAUACAGACCCACUCUCAGACUUUAAGAGAAAGGGCUAUAGAAUUUCUAACAAUCCAGGGUCAGGAAAUUGUAUGUUUUAUGCCUUGUCAGAGCAACUGGAGGUUGUCAAAAGAGUAAAGAUCCAUCAUUUUGAAUUAAGGCAGUCCUUAGUUCAGUAUCUAAGAGAGCACCCAAAACUGGUGGAUGGAACAGAUCUGUUUCACUUUGUUGAUAGACACACAACAUGGGAUGGUUACUUAACAGACAUGGAACAAGAUGGCACUUGGGGUGAUCAUGUGAUUCUCUGGGCUGCAGCAAACUGUUAUCAAAUAGCCAUUCAUGUGAUUAGUAGUCUUCCAGGCCACAGUGAGGUAAUUAUCAACCCAGAUUGUUCAUUUGACCAAAGCAAGCAUCUUGUACUGGGACAUGUCCAUGAAGUACACUAUGUCAGCCUUCAGCCCUUGCAAGAUGGGGAAUUGAACAUUACCGUUGAUGCAGAAGAAUGGAAACUGAAAGAAACCAAUAUGCAGACUACAGCCAGAGCUGUGUCGCCUACAGAGGGAAGUGCAUCUUAUUCAGGAACAGAAGAUUCUCUAGCACAGAGAGUCUUGUGCUCAAUUGCCUUAAAUUAUCUGAAAACCAUACCACCACAGUCAAGAGAAGAGCAUAAUAAGUUUAAGGAAUACUUGAGAGAAAUGAGGGUCAUUAUUACAGGUGUCUCUGAAGGAAGUUUGGUGAUAACAGUGAAGUGUGAAUCUCUCCAAAGCUUGGAGAAAUUGUGGACAGAUUAUUCAUCUGGUCAUCUUGGUGAAAUGGUUCAAAAUUGUUUUGUGACUGAAAAGAUCUUGAAGGAACAUAACCUGACUGAGCUGAGGCUGAAAACAACAAUGGACAGAGAAGAGUACAAUGCAACAAAAGUUUACUUUGAGAGAGUUGCACUUAGAGAAAUUAGAGAAACUAUACCAGGGAGGGAUGAGAGAUCAGCAUCUGUCAGUGCAGAUCAGCCUUGCAAGCAACUCAAGGAAGAGUUGACUUCUGAUGACUACAGUAAAGAUGCCGUAGUAAACAAGUCCAGGCAAGCUUCAAAUGAAAAGGUUAAACGAAGUUCGUCCUUCGCAGCCACUCAAUCUGUGAAGCGCCUUAAAGGUUCCGAUCAUUGUCUAAUUGUGGAACACCUUGAAGGUGAAUACAUCAGACGCUCCAAUGUAAAACCACUGCUGUGGGAUAGCGACAUCCAACUACCUAUUGAUGAAGUCUACACAAGGUUGCAAAUGAAAUGGAGAAAGAAGGCUUACUUUCAGCUAACAGAGAAGGAGGUUCACAUGUAUGAAAUUUUCAAGCCUGCUAGGGAGGGUGAAAAGGGCGCCAGAAUGGUACUUGUAGAAGGAAACCCUGGGAUUGGGAAGACUACGUUUUGCCUUAAAAUUGCAAGUGAUUGGGCCAAAAAAUUAGUACCAGUAGAGUUUCACUUCCCCAUGUUUGAGUUGUUGUUUCUUCUAAAAUGCUGUGAUAUUCACGAAGAUACUAAAGACAUAGUCCAAGCCAUCGAUGAGCAACUUCUGAAUGAUGACAUUAACAAUAAGGAAGAAUUUUUGGAUUACAUCAGAGAUGGUAAGAAUCAGGAUGAGAUUCUUUUAAUUCUGGAUGGUCUUGAUGAGUUACCAGAAGCAUCAGAAAAAGUCGUAGAUAGGCUAUUUAGAAGAAAAGUUUUCUCGCGCUGUUUUAUUUUGGCCACCUCACGCGAAGAAAAAGGAAUCGAUGUCCGGCGGCGCUAUGACUUUGAUACACUUUUGCAGAUUAAAGGGUUCACCUCAAAGGACGCUACAGAUUACAUCAGAAAGCAUUUUAAAAGCGUUGAUCCACAAAAUGUUUCAAAAGGCGAGAGGCUCAUUGAAGCUGUUCAAACAAAUACUCACCUAAGUGUGCUAAGGAGCAAUCCGUUGAAUCUACUUCUCUUGUGCGUUGUCUUUGAAGACUUUGAAGGGGAACUACCAUCUAAUCGCACUAAGCUUUAUCAGAUUAUUUUUCGAUGCUUGUUGAGGCGAUAUUGCUCCCGAAAUGGCUUGAACGUUCAUCGGAAUGCCGACGAAGCCUUAGAGAAUCAAUUUAAAGAGUCCCUACUUGUGCUAGGGGAGUUAGCGUGGAAUUGUCUUCGAGAAGACCGCCGUUCGUUUUCGGAAGAGGAACUGGACAAGUUAGAACAUUCGAGGACCCAUGUGAGAAGAUUUCCAGCUAUCAAAUUGGGCCUUGUUUUCAUGGAAGCCAGUUCAAGGCCAAGUCAGGAACCAAGACAUCAGUGUCAUUUUCUUCACAAAACAUUUCAAGAGUUUUUAGCUGCCUUUUACCUAGCGAACCAGUUGUCAAGGAGACGACUUAACCUUACUGAUCAUUCUGUUUUCCGCAAGGAAAGUAUGUUAGGUAGAUACAGAGAAGUAUUUUUCUUUUUAGCUGGCAUAUUAGGCAUGGAAGGACAGGUGUUUUUCAAAGAGGUUGUAACGAUUUUAAGAGAAGACUUCGAGUGGUGCUACUCGGACCAAGAGUGUGAGUUCUUUCUUGAGCUUUUAAAAGAGAGCGGUGAUGCAGACGAUUUAGGCAAAGUUGCCUGCUGUCGUAUUCCAUUACCGAACGUUUUGAAGUUGGAUGAUUCACAGCAUUCUUGGCUUAAACUUAUACGAUAUGCACACGAAGGCGCCAUACUCAAAGGUGAUGUGGCAUCAGUGCAGCUUACUAAACUGAGCCUGUCGGACAAGCAGUCUUUCAGUAAAGGCGAUGUGGAAGAUUUCCAUGGAAUUAUCGAAAGCAGUCAAACUCUCACAGAGCUUGUCAUUGGUAAUAUCGAGAACAUGUCCCCUGAUGUUGCAGAUCUGUUUGCUGAGAGUAUUUCGUCAAGCACUUCACUAAGAACAGCCACGCUACGACUCUUUGACGUGAGUACUGAGAGGUGCGCCAGUAAUUUUAGCACCUUGCUAUCGACUCUCUCGCAAUUGGAAUGUCUUUCGCUUGAAGUCUUUGGUGUUCUGAACAACACUGCUACACAAGCCGUGAAAGCGUUAUUCAAAUCAUCGCUAAGUUCUCUCGCCUUCAUUGUUCAUGGGGAUCAGGAUGACCGUUUAAUGUCGAUUGUUAGUGAAGGACUUGCAGAAGAAACCGCGGUGGAGUCUCUUAGUUUUGUUGUUCAUGGAAGAGUUAGCAACCCUGGAAUCGUAGCACUGCAGAAAGGUGUUCUGCGAAAUAGUAAUUUGCACUCUUUAGAGUUAAAAGUUUACGGGGAUAUCCCAGAAGCGUGGGUGGAAGCUGUUGCUGCCAUACUGGCAGCCAAGAAGUCAUGGAAGUCUCUUAUUAUUCAUCCAAAUAUAUGCGGGAAAAUUAAACAUGAAGGAAGUUUUCUGCGCUAUCCGAUUCUGGGUGAUGCCCCAUCAGAGAAGUCGUUAACCGUGAACGUCUGUGGUGAACUGAGCGUUCUAAGCUUUAACGCCCUUGGAGAUUUUUUCAUGAAAAGUUCGCCACUAUCUGGUUUGCAGUUGAAUGUCCGAGGUAAACUAAGCAAUGAAGUUGUGGAUCGUCUGGUAGACUAUUUUCUGGCUAACAAUUCAUUGUCCUCACACACCAUUAUUAACCUUAGUGGUGAAAUCAGAAGCUAUAAAGGAACUGCUCUUGAAAGAUUAGUUGAAGAGGGUCAAAAGCAUUCUGUCUCAGUGCACUUGAAUGGUCUUGGUGAGGAUCACCUUUUAAGUGGUUGUGAUACUCUCGCUAAUUUUUCGUCAGCGUCGGCCACGUUUUUAGUUGACGGGAAGACUGCCACACUCCUUGAAGUCAUUAAACUAUUAAGCUCUGCGUCAUCAACCACGUUCAAUCUCAUAGUUAACGAUCUCGCUGUUACGUGGAAAGACUGGGCCAGCAGUGUGGGUAAUGGCUUGGCGAAAAGCAGAUCAUUAACUACAUUCAGUCUCACAGUUAACGAUUACCUUGGCGCGAUGGGAGACUGGGCCGACAGUGUGUGUGAUGGCUUGGCGAAAAGCACAUCAUUGACUACAUUCAGUCUCACAGUUUACAAUCAGGUUGACUACAUGGGAAACUGGGCCAGUGGUGUGGGUGAUGGCUUGGCGAAAAGCACAUCAUUGACUACAUUCAGUCUCACAGUUUACAAUCAGGUUGACUACACGGGAUACUGGGCCAGCGGUGUGGGUCAUGGUUUGGCGAAAAGCACAUCAUUAACUACAUUCAGUCUCACAGUUAACUAUUACGUUGACUCCAUGGGAAACUGGGCCAGUGGUGUGGGUGACGGUUUGGCGAAAAGCAUAUCAUUGACUACAUUCAGUCUCACAGUUAACAAUCACGCUGAAGACAUGGGACUCUGGGCCAGCCGUGUGGGUGACGAUUUGGCGAAAAGCAUAUCAUUGACUACAUUCAGUCUCACAGUUAACAAUUACGUGGACGAUAUGGGAAACUGGGCCAGUGGUGUGGGUAAUGGCUUGGCGAAAAGCACAUCAUUGACUACAUUCAGUCUCACAGUUUACAAUCACGUUGACUUGAUGGGAAACUGGGCCGAUGGUGUGGCUAAUGGCUUGGCGAAAAGCACAUCAUUGACUACAUUCAGUCUCACAGUUAACAAUUACGUUGACGCAAUGGGACUCUGGGCCAGUGGUGUGGGUGAUGGCUUGGCGAAAAGCACAUCAUUGACUACAUUCAGUCUCACAGUUAACAAUCACGCGGGUGAAAAGGGACACUGGAUGUACGAUAUAAGCGAGGGCUUGGCAGAGAACGGUUCUUUAACGACGAUAAGAGUUGCAUUUAGUUUGUACGGUGAGGACAGAAUUCGCGAAACGUUUAGGUAGUCUUUGUUCAUUCCAUUUUUUCUCCGUCUAUUGAAAGCGUGAAUAGAACUACGUAGAGCUAGAAAUUA